GCCUGGGGGUCCGCGGCCAUGGACUUGGAGCAGCUCGACAGCCUGGAAGGCUGGGUGCCGCUGCGUGAGGACCUCUUCCGGGAGCCCGAGCGACACCAGCUGCGUUUCCUGGUGGCCUGGAACGCCGCGGAGGGCCAGUUCGCCGUCACCUGCCAUGACCGCACGGCGCAGCGGCGGCGCGGCCGGCCGGAGGGCGGCGGCGGCGGCGGCGGCUGCAGCUGGGCCGGGCUGCUGUCGGCCGCCGGGUUCCGCGGCGCGCACCGGCAGCUGGCGGCGCUGUGGCCGGCCCUGGAGCGCUGCUUCCCGUCGCUGCCACCGGAGCUGGACGCGGCGGGCAGCGCGGGCUGGAGCUUGGGGCGCGGGCUGUGGGCGCUCGUGUGGCCCGCGCCUGCGGAUCCCGGCGACGCGGCGCUGCAGGAGCUGUGCCGCCAACUGGAGCGCUACCUGAGCCAGGCGGCCGACGGCUGCGGCGGCGCCACCGUGCGCGAUGUGCUCUUCCCGGCCCCGGGAGACCCGGCUGACUGCGAGGGCCUGCGGGAGUUCCGGGAGAGGACGCUGCGGGCGCGGCUGGACGGGGCGGCAGCACGGCUGCGCCAGGUUCUUCAAGAUCAUGGAAAAGCAGACACCAUGGUGGCAUUAAUGAAAGUUUAUCAAGAGGAAGAUGAAGCAUAUCAGGAAUUAGUUACCAUGGCAACCAUGUUCUUCCAGUAUUUACUUCAGCCAUUUAGAGAUAUGCGAGAAGUUGCGACCUCAUGUAAGCUUGAUAUUUUGAAGUCCCUGAAUGAGGAUGAACUGGGUCCUAAAAGGGUGGUUGCCCUGCAGAAGGAAGCCAAUGAAUGGACCAGACAGGCUGAAGAAGCAGUGGUCUCUAUUCAAGAUAUCACUGUGAAUUAUUUUAAGGAAACAGUAACAGCAUUAACAGGAAUGCAGAAACAAAUGGAGCAGGAUCGCAAGAGAUUUGGCAAGGCUGCCUGGGCCACAGCCAUGCCCAGGCUAGAAAAUCUCCAGCUCAUGUUAGCUCGGGAGACUCUGCAGCUCAUGCGAGCCAAAGAGCUGUGUCUCAACCACAGGCGCGAUGAAAUCCAGAAGAAGGUAGAAGAUCUUCCAGACCAAGGAAAGAAUAUAGAUGCUGUAGAUGAGCUAGAAAUACAGUAUUACGAGAUUCAGUUGGAGCUGUAUGAGGUUAAACUUGAGAUCCUGAGAAACGAAGAGAUGAUCCUGGUCACACGGUUGGACUCUGUUAAGAGACUUAUAAAAGAGAAACAGGAUGAAGUGGUCUACUAUGACCCGUGUGAAAGCCCUGAGGAGCUGAAGGGCCUGGCUCAUGACCUGGAGAUGCAUCCUGGUCAGAAUGGAGAGCUGAGAGCACUCAGGCAGCAACGCCAGCAGCUGGAGGCUCAGCGAGGCCGCAUCUGUGCCAGGAAGGCCCACCUCAGGAGCAGAAAGGAUUACUGCCGAGAAAGCCAUCAGCUCAGACUGCAGCAGGCUGAACAGAGUGUGAGGCAUUUUCACCAGCACCACAGCAUUCAGAUAAAAAGAGACAAAAUAAAAGAAGAGGAACAAAAGAAAAAAGAAUGGAUAAACCACGAACGUCAAAAAACACUUGAGCGACUAAGAGCAUAUAGGGAGAAGUGUCUAGGUUCUCAGUCUGCACUGAAAACGACCUGCUCAGAUACCAUGGGACCAAGCCUGUCAGGUGGACACUCUAGGAAGAGGCCCUCAACAGCUCAUCACAAGAUAGCUCAUCCUGCCUCUAGCAAAACUGGAAGUGUGACUCCCUUACCUGAAGCUAAUGUGAAAACCCCUGAGCAUCAAGACGCCUGUGGCAGUAUCCCAGGCCAGGUUUUUGUUCCAGUUGGUGACCAGCCACUCUCCAGAUUCAAUGAGGAUCUGCCACUACCACCGCAGCCACCUCCGCCUCUCCCUCCCCCUCCCCCACCGCCACCGCCACCGCCACCGCCUCCUCCCCCACCGCCACUUCCUUUCCCUGCUCCGUCCUCUUCUCAAGCUACCACUCAUCAGAAUUUAGGACUCAGGACUUUAGCAGCAGAGGACCAGCCACUCCCUCUAGUGUGUGAGGCAUCUGCUGAGAGACCGUGCGAUUGCUUGGAGGGCUUCCAGUCUUCAGGCUCCAUGGAUGAAGUGUUGGCCUCCCUCAGGCAGGGCAGGACCUCUCUCCGGAAAGUAGAAGCACCUACCUUGUCCACUCCCCGCACCUCAGUCAAUGAACAAGUUCUGGCUGCCAUCAGGCAGGGAGUGCAGCUGAAGAAAGUACACCCAGAUGCAGAGGUAGAGCCCAGCAAGAAGUGCACCAGCGACCUGGAGAGGAGCAUCAGGGCAGCCCUGGAAAGAAUCAAGAGAGUGUCUGCUGCUGACUCGGAGGACAGUGACGAGCAGAGCCCUGGCGAGUGGGACCGCUAGGGUCUCCAGGCGACAAAGGCAGACAGCAGGGGUUCCUUGAGACUGCUCUGUGGCCUUCACCCUAGAUUACAGUGGGUGCAUGGGGACUGUCACCCCACAGGUGGGCAGGUUGGCGGUGGGAGCAGUGCUGUGUCCACCCUGUGGUAUACAUUACACAGGGUGCUUCCACAGGGAUGAACGCUGUCCCUCAGACUUAAAGGCUCCAAUGGGAACAUGACUUGAGCAAUAAUCCAAAUAAAUAAAGUUUUAUGGGUCAGCACUGCGGAAGCUCCUAAUAAACAGUAUUUAUAAUGCAUCUGUGUCAUGAGGAAAUGGUCUCUGGCCUACUAUGAAAGCAAAGCUCUUUCUGCUUCAGUGGGUUGGAAAUUUCCCAAGAUUUCGGCUUAGCAUUUAGUUGA